CCUUUGGCUCUCUCCCUUUCAAAAUCUCAUUUGCACGGUUGCAGUUGCACUAUCACUCUCAUUGUUCUCUCUUCGCUCCGAGUCGCCGUCGAGCACCGACUUCCAGUUCCGAUGACGUCGCCGCUCGUUGACAAAGAGUAUUUCAACGAAAUCGACAAGGCUCGCAGCUAUCUCCGCGCUCUCGUUUACAGCAGAAGCUGCGCUCCGAUCAUGCUCCGCUUGUCGUGGCACGAUGCUGGGACCUACGAUGCCAAGACGAAAACAGGUGGGCCGAAUGGGUCGAUUCGUAACGAGGUAGAGUACUCUCAUGGUUCCAACAAUGGCUUGAAGAAGGCUAUUGAUUUUUGCGAGGAAGUGAAGUCUAAGCAUCCAAGGAUUACAUAUGCAGACCUAUACCAGCUUGCAGGUGUUGUUGCAGUUGAGGUCACUGGAGGCCCCGCCAUUGAUAUUUCUCCAGGCAGGAAGGAUUCUAAAAUUUCUCCUAAGGAAGGACAACUUCCAGAUGCUAAACGGGGUGCACCACAUUUGAGGGAAAAGUUCUAUAGAAUGAUGGGGCUGUCUGACAAGGAUAUUGUUGCACUAUCUGGGGGUCAUACACUGGGGAAGGCACAUCCAAACAGAUCUGGUUUUGAUGGUCCUUGGACUAAGGAACCUCUGCAGUUUGAUAACUCAUACUUUGUUGAACUAUUGAACGAAUCAGAGGGGUUGUUGAAACUUCCUACAGAUGCAGCUUUAGUAGCGGAUCCUGAGUUCCGUAAAUAUGUCGAUCUGUAUAUAAAGGAUGAGGAAGCAUUUUGAAGAGAUUAUGCUGGAUCGCAUAAGAAACUUUCGGAACUCGGGUUUACUCCAAACCCCACUUCCUGUAAGGCAAGUGCUAAGGACAGCACCGUACUGGCACAAGAAGCGGUAGGAGUUGCUGUUGCUGCUGUUGUUGUGAGCUUAGGCUACUUAUAAGAAGCUCACAAAAGAGCCAAGUAGAGUCGUAGAAGUCGUAUACUUGCUUAACUGAUUACCUCGAUCUUCUUUAUUCUUUCCGGCUGGAGAUUUCAUUGAUCCCGUAUGAAUAAUUGCCACAAGCCUUUGCAGCUUAGUAUCUCGAUUGGGUAGUAGAAAGAUAUAAGUAAACUUUAUAUUCAUUUCGAAGAAGAUAGUGACAUGAGCACCUACUACUGCUCUUUUAUCUACUCUCUUGAAACCUUUA